AUGACCAAGCUCUUCAACCCUCUCCAGGUCGGGCGCAUGCAGCUCUCCAACCGCAUCGCCAUGGCCCCAAUGACUCGCUUCCGCGUCGACGACGAGCACAAUCCUCUCCCCUUCGUGAAAGAAUACUAUGCCCAGCGCGCCUCCGUCCCCGGAACCCUCCUCAUCACCGAAGCAACCAUCAUCUCCCCCCAAGCCGGCGGAUACCCCAACGUCCCCGGGAUCUACACAGACUCGCACAUCGCCGCCUGGAAGGAAGUCACCGACGCCGUGCACGCCAAGGGCUCCUACAUCUACCUCCAACUCUGGGCUCUGGGCCGCGUCGCAGACCCUACCUACCUGAGCAAGCUGGGCGCGCACGACGUCGUCUCUGCGAGUGACAUCCCCGCCAGCGCGGAUGCCCAAACGCCCCGUUCGCUCUCGGAGGAGGACAUUCAGUCCUUCAUCAACGACUAUGCCCAGGCUGCGCGCAAUGCCGUCGCCGCAGGCUUUGACGGUGUCGAAAUCCACGCUGCGAAUGGCUACUUGAUUGAUCAGUUCAACCAAGAUGUCUCGAACAAGCGGACUGAUAAGUGGGGUGGUAGCGUUGAGAACCGAUCCCGCUUUGCGUUGGAAGUCACCCGCGCCGUCGUCGAUGCCAUCGGUGCUGACCGCACCGGUAUCCGAUUCUCGCCCUACAGCACCUUCCAGGCUAUGCGCAUGACCGAUCCCAUCCCGCAAUUCACCCACCUGGCCCAGGAAACGGCCAAGUUCAAGCUCGCUUUUGCGCACAUCGUUGAGCCGCGCAUUGCGGGUAAUGCGGACGUGGAGGAGAUGCACGAGGACCUGGACUUCUUCAUGAAGGCCUACGGAAAUGCCACUCCCGUUAUCAUUGCUGGUGGAUAUAAGGCUGAGUCGGCGAAGGAGGCUAUUGAUGGCAAGUACAAGGAUUAUGAUGCUCUGAUUGGCUUCGGACGUCCAUUCAUCUCCAACCCGGAUCUGCCGUUCCGCGUCAAGGAGAAUGUGCCUCUCGUUCCUUACAACCGGGAUACUUUCUAUAUCCCCAAGGACCCCAAGGGUUACAUCGAUUGGGAUUUUAGCCCUGAGUUCAAGGCUACUCAGGUUGCGGCUUAG